CGACGGCCCGGGCGCGCCACCCUCCCACCAAAAGGCGCAUGAAAAGUGGGGGCGUAUAAAAGCAACGCACCAGUCGAUAGUAUGGCUGUGUCGCGUGCGCCUGUGUACCGCUCCAGUGGUGGCGAGGUCCGCUCCCGUUGACUGGGCUCGGACCGUGGUCACCCGCCGCCGGCCCGCCCUCCGCCUCCCGCCCUCCGCCGCCGCCGCGCCGCCGCCGCCGCCGCGCCGCGCCGCGCCGCAGCUCUUCGUCAGCUCCCGGCCCGGACAGAUGGCUGCUGCGGUCUCUGCCAUGCUGGACCCGACCGGUCUCUACUAGGGCCCGCUGGCCCGAUGCCCGGCUGGCGGUACUCUGUGGGCGGCUGCAAUGCGCCGCCUGCCGCUGCUGCUGCUGCUCUACAGCCUGAGGAGGUGCUGCGGCGACUCAGCGGGCUCGCCGAGUCCGGCCGAGCCCUCCGCCAGCCCCCGCCAGAUCCAGCUGACCGAGGGAGCCACCGGCAGAGGAGAGCUGGUGUUGUGGAUGCCGCUGACGGUCAUUCUGCCCUCGCUGGCCUCUCAGUCCGACUACACCUACUCCGCCAGAAGCCAAAGACGCCCGCGCACAGAGCAAUACGACGGGCCCGGCCGGGGGCCGGCCGGUCGGCGGUCGGCCUAUGACUGGACGAGCGCCGAGUACCGGGCGGCUGGCUCGGUGGGCCCCCUGCUCUCUCGCGUGGACGCCUACUUCCACUACCUGCGCAUCGGCGACGAGCCGUGCCGCUGGCGGACCAUCUGCCAGCUGGCGCAGCAGGUGUCUGCCCUGGAGCCCGUCAGCGGCCUGCUGCUGCGCGCUCUCAGCAGGGAGAGUGACGGCGGCGCGGCGGUGAGCGCCGAGGGUCGCGCGGCGGCCGCCCGGUUCGAGCUGUACCAGACGGCGGCGGAGAGGGGCCUGUUCGGUGCCGACUGCGCCAGCCUGUACGGCCAGUGCGGUGCCGAUGUGCGGCAGCUCAUCAACAUGCCCGUACUGCAGCUGUGGCAGUGGCUGUCCGACCGACUGGCCCUGCACAUCUCGGACGACUAGCCGCCUCCGCCCCCGCCCCCGCCUGGCCCGUCUCCAUGUGUUCGUGCUAAUGUUACCAGAUCCGUGGGGCGCGUGUCGGUCCGCCCCGCCCGGCGGCCGACCGCGCUCCACGCUCGUAUAUGACUCCUGUGCUAUUCAGAUCAGACGUUUUUAGAUAUUAGCCGGUGUCGGCGUCCGCCGACCCACCUAGCGUUCCGCAUUGCUCUCUUCUCGUCCGCGAGACCGGCGGAAUCGCAGCGAGCUGCUCUCUGCUGUCUCGACCAUUGUGAUAUAUAUUGAGGCGCGUGUAGUGUGGGGACUGAGACGUGGCCCCGACGUCCGCCUGUUACCAGCAGCCGCACGUGCGCCCGCGCGGAACCACGCACUCGUCAGAGUACGCGGCCGUGCGCGCACUGCGGGCGUGUGUGUGUAUGUGUGAUUGCGCGUCGCUGAAUGUCGCUGGGCCUCCUCACCCUGUGCCGGUCCGCCGGCCAGGGCCGAGGGGGGCGGUGUGAAGUUACGCCGCGUCUGGGUGUGAAGUUACGCCGCGUCGCGCGGUGUAAGAGUACACUGCGGGCAGCCAGUCGUAGCCAAACGCGUCUUUUCCCACCACCUGCGUGUACAAUUAGUGUUGGGUCGUUGUUGUCUAUUCAGAAUGAUAAUUGCGAUGUAACUUGAGUUUUUUACGAAACCUUCGCAAUAAAAAUAUCAAACCAU